UUAAAUAAUAUUUUAUAAAACGAUAAGUUAUUAUAUGAUUUUUCUAUAUAAAGCAGAUUUCAUUAUAUUUUAUUUAGUUCUCAUUUGACACAAUAAAGAGUUUCUUCGGGGAAUUUAAAAUGACUAGGUUAUUAGGCAUACUGCUUUUAGUUGUUAUUUCCAUUCAAACGAUACUUGGUGCACCAACCAAAGUUGAAAAACCAAGUUCUAUUUGUAAUCGAAUAGAAGAAAUCAACACAACUUAUCCACUGACUUCUCCUAUUAAAGGAGCUGAUGGUUCCAUCGAAUACCGUAUUGCUUUAAUCGCUGAUUUAGAUUCAGACUCUAAAAGCUCGAAAGAAGCUCUAACCUGGAUCAGUUAUUUAAAAAAAGGAUACUUAAAAUUCAAGAAAGCUGGACAAAAAGUCGAAUUCAAAUGGGAUAAAGGAGAUGAUAGCAGAUUUACAUCAAACUUUGCCAUUAAAGAUCGUGGAUUGGAGUUAUCGGAAUUGGUUACAUUUGAUGGUAAAUUGUUAACGAUUGAUGACAAAACUGGAAUUAUCUAUGUCGUUGAAAAUGAAAAUACAUUGAUUCCUUGGGUAAUAGUUAACGAAGGAAACGGACGUAGUGUAUCUGGCUUUAAAAAUGAAUGGGCUACUGUUAAAGACUCGAAACUUUACGUAGGAACUCAUGGAAGGGAAUUGGAUACUAAAAAUGGUGUAAAUUAUUCAGGAAUGUGGAUUAAAAUAAUUAAUGCAGAAGGAUCAGUAAAACACGUCGACUGGACUGAUAAUUAUGUUAAAGUACGUGCGGCUGCUGGCAUUAAAUACCCAGGAUACAUGACUCAUGAAGCUGCUGUGUGGAGUGAUAUUCACAAAAAAUUCUUCUUCCUUCCAAGAAAAGCAUCACCAGAAAAAUACAAUUUUAAGGAUGAUGAAAAAAAAGGGACCAACUACCUUAUUUCAGCUACAGCUGACUUUAAAGAUAUUAAAUCCGUUAAAAUUGGAGAAAUUGUACCAUCUCAUGGUUACGCCAGUUUUAAGUUUGUUCCUGAUACAAAUGAUCAAGUAAUUGCUGCCAUCAAGUCCGAAGAGGUUGGAGAAACUACUGGAACUUUCAUUACCGCAUUUAAUAUUGAUGGAAAAAUUCUUUACCCCGAAACCAAAGUUUCUGAUCUGAAAUUUGAAGGUUUUGAAUUCAUAUAAACUUAAUAUAAAUUAUAUCUAGAAAAUAAAACUUGUUAUCUACAAUA